AUGCAAAGUAAGAAAUUGAAAGAGAGCAGCGGUACUAAAAUAGAAUACAAACAUGUGAAAGGCGAACUGGAAAAGAUGUUUAACAAGGUAAAGAACAACGAGAUGACAGAUUCAGAUAGUGAGAAGAUGACGACAAUUUUCAAGUUACUGAGCAUGACAAACAUCAAGAAGUCUAAAGAGAGUUAUUUGGUUAGCCUAAUAGAUUGGAUGAUUGAUAUUAGAGGCACAGCAGUCGGCAAUCUAUAUAGACAAGAAAUAUACAGCUUCUUCUACCUGUUUAUGAGGAAGGAGGUAAAAUUGGAUGUAGCAAACAAAUUGAGAGCAUACAAACACAUGAGAUAUCUGAAUGAUUUGGAUGUCAUAUUUAGUGAUCUAUAUUCUGAUUACAAUGACCUAGAGAGGAUGGAUGUGAAUGGCAAAGUAUUUAGGAAUUAUAUCCUAGAAAAAAUUAUUGAGAAGUCAUUCACAGUCAAAGAUAGCACCAGAAUACUUAAUGGUAUUUGUGAAGCAAUGGACAAAUACAAGAAUGUAUUUGCUAAAUGUCUCUGUGAUAUUGAGACGCUGCCUGAUGAGAAAGAGAAUACUGAAAACAAACCUGAAAAAUUCAAGGAUGAAUACAAAGUGGUGUUCAUGUUGUAUUACACAUACAAAUGGCUUGAAAAUGUACAAAUAGAUUUGAAUGCAUUAAAAUCAGCCAAGGAAGUGGAGGAAAUUGAGGAUUCAGUGAUCUCCAGAGUGUUUGACGCAUUUAAUUCACUGCCUGAAAUAGAAUUUGGUGUAUUUAAAGAGAAGGAGGUGAUAUACAAGUUGUUUAACACAAACAACUAUGAAAACAUUCUAUUCUCUGUCUAUCAGAGACUAUUCAAUUUCUACAUUUGGAAGAACAAGAAGAAACUUGCCAAUUCAAAAAUACUCAGGGCAUUUGAUCGAAAUCAGCAACACAAUAUCUACCUGAAACUAAGAAACACUCACGAAUCAUUUGUGAAUGUUUUCAAGCAGAUCAAUCCACAGUAUCUGAUUCUGGAAUUAGAAAAAACAAGAAGCCACCACAUUCUCAAAGACGUCUUCAUGCACUUUGAUUUGUUUACAGCCCAGAAGGACAUUGCUACCAUCUUCAACACGAUGUUCUUUGCAUUUGAAAGCAGCUUCAACACGUCUCAAAUCAGUAACUUAAGCACUGCAAUCUCUAAACACCUUGAAAUAUUCGCUGAUUCAUUCGCUGAGUUACACGAAUAUUCUAAGCAUGAAAUACGAAAUAAGCUUAAUCAAAUAGACUUAAACAUCAAUAUAGCAGAGUACAAGAAGAAUGUAAGUGUGUUACACAUGCUGACGUAUUUCAAUGAGCCUCGCUUUGACAUGGUCGAAUUGGUAGGACUGAUAUUGGAUGACGAAGGAAUCAUUAGAUCCAAGGAAGAAUAUUUCAGGUGCAAAUACAUUUUAUGCCUAAUAUACAAAUUCAAGGAGCUGAUUGGUAUCGGACUGAUAAACAGACUAAAGGUAGUGAUCAAGAAGAAUAUAGGCAACAGAGAACACAUCAAAAUGCUUGGUCGAAUUUACAACUACAUCUUCGAGAACAAGGAGGAGAACAGGUUCAAUCCACUGAUUCUUGGAGCAAUUGGAUCAAAUAAGUUCAAAAUAAACACAGGUGGAGAAAGCAACCUGGAAUAUGUCGCAGUGCUACUCAACAUGCAUUACAGCGUGACUAAUGAACACCUUGAUGUCUGUUCAUCCAUUCUGAACUCUACCGACAACCAAAUACUCAAAAUGCUUGUUUUUGAAACAGUCAUCGACCUGAUCAAUUCCGAAUCCAAUUUGAAGUUGAUCAAUAAGUUCAUCACCAACAAUUCAACCCUACUCGUUGACCUAUUCAUGAAACACCAUGAGCAAAUUGGAGUAAUAUUGAUCUAUGGACUACNUGGAUCAAAUAAGUUCAAAAUAAACACAGGUGGAGAAAGCAACCUGGAAUAUGUCGCAGUGCUACUCAACAUGCAUUACAGCGUGACUAAUGAACACCUUGAUGUCUGUUCAUCCAUUCUGAACUCUACCGACAACCAAAUACUCAAAAUGCUUGUUUUUGAAACAGUCAUCGACCUGAUCAAUUCCGAAUCCAAUUUGAAGUUGAUCAAUAAGUUCAUCACCAACAAUUCAACCCUACUCGUUGACCUAUUCAUGAAACACCAUGAGCAAAUUGGAGUAAUAUUGAUCUAUGGACUACACUCUGUUGCAAAAGUUUGUGGACAGCCAUAA